AUGACUUUGCCAUCCCUUGCCCUUUGCGUCCUCCUCGUUUUCGUCCUUGAAACCGCCGCCAUCGCCCACGCCCUGACACGCCGCCCCGUUGCUCCCCGUGACGAAGCCCCGCAAGGCGGUAUCACCGAGAGCACUGCUGUGGACAUGAUCGUCGCUGUUGGUACGACCUCCAAUAUCGAAUCGUACUGUCGACAUUCGACACGCUCACCUUCGUUCAACCCAGUUCUGUCCGUGGUCGUGAUCGCCACGUUUAUGUGGCUGGACUGGGUGUGUCGCACCAUACGCCGGACGGUCAGUCUCGAGCGCCGCCUGCGACUGGAAAUACGGAAUCUGCUGACCCUCUUUUGUGGUGUUGCGGCCAACGGUCCUUCGACCCCGGGCGGAGUUGGCCGACCCGCGAAUCGCAACAGCGACGCAGCCGGCAUCAUGCGAGGAGAUCCGUACCCUAAUUCUACCUUGUAUAUCAUUGUUUUCAUCAAGGCGGCACUGACGGCAGUGGGAGCCUUGACGCAGCAGGAAGUAUUUGAAUCGGAGAUUCGCGAGGGCCUCCGACGGCAUAUGAAAUCCCAGCGGCUGUAUAUUCCUUGGGACAAGCGUGUGGGAUACGGGCCUCCCACUUCACCCCGUAAAAUCAUAGCCAUGCACCAAACUCGGGAGAUGAAAUCGUCUCGACGUACCAUUUUCGCGGCUCUAGGCAUUCAUUUCCUCGAGCGAGUUCAAGGCUGA